AUGGAGCUGGCUUGUGCCAAUGAGCAGUGCUCAUACCUGGUGCACCGCACUGAGCCCUUCGGCGGAUUCUGCUGCAAGAGAUGUCAUCAGUCCUGGAGCUCUGGUCGCCCGGCUCAACAUGGCUUUCUCUGUGAGCAGCGCUCUGCACAGCGACACGCAGCCCGAGCUCCGCCCAGACAGCCGCAGGACCCACUUCCAGCCCUGAAAAGAAGGAGGAAGGCGCAGCAAGUGCCGCUUCAAGAGCCCACCACAAGGUCGCUGCAGCACGCACCGUCGGCUUCCUCCAAGCCCUCUGCAUCAAGGCUUUCGACACCAACGGCACCAGUGGCACCGGCGUCUCCGCCACCAGCCCCUGCUGACGCGUCGAUAAAGGCGCCACCUCCGCAGCCGGUGCAACGAGAACCUGCAGCACCGGAACUGCCGCGACCUGGGCUGGCACCUCGUCCUUCACCUCUCUGGGACGGCAGCUGGGCUGACAACUUGAUCCGGCGUUGCACUCAACACCUGCUGCCGUUUGUCUCGAAGGCGAUCCAGAAACCGAAAACUGAAGAGACAAUGGCUGCUGUUCCCGCCGUUCCCGCCGUGAUAGACGUAAAUGACGACGACGACUCUCCUGUGCUAUCGCGGCGGACUCCCAACGAGUUGGUAAGGGGCGGCGUGAAGCGAAGAUGGUUGGGGCUUGCUCCCAACACUACUAGACCUCUUCCUUCUGACCCGUCGCGAAGUGUGAAGACAGAGGUCAAGCAGGAGGUCAAAGGCGAGGUCAAGGAAGAGGUUGGUCUUGAAGACGAGGCGGAGACUGCAGAAGACAAAGAAGCCGAAGACGAGCAAGUGCCCUUGACAACGGGACCGAGCUCAAGCACCUGA